CAAGUCGCCUCUUCACGUCCCUGCGUGCUUUUUUUCUGCUACGUAGCUGCCGCACAAUGUUGCUACACCGAUAUUGAAACCACUUCAGAAUUGACCAUAGCAGAAAGCAGUCAGGCCUUCGAUUCCCUCUCCGAGGCCGGAUGGUAAAAUCCAACCUCCAGCGGAUACUAAACAGUCAUUGCUUUGCUCGCGAAAAAGAAGGAAAACAACAGUUUCUCACCACAAUGGAUGCUUUAAGUAACGACAGUAGUAUUUGUGACAUGAUUGGCAACCUGUCCCUGCACUGUAGUAGUACCCACGGUCCAGUGCCUCUGUGGUGUUCCGAUGCCCCUCACCCACCCCUGAAGAUCCCAGGUGGGCGAGGGAAUGGUCAACGGGAUCACACUCUUGCAGCUCGAACUUUGUAUACAGACAGGAAGUUGACAGUGACUGAGGAGGUGGGAGGGGGUGGCCGCCCCACUAUACUCCACUUCCAGAGCCGCCCCACUGUUUCACGGGUCGUCCACUGGGAGGCAGUGCUGAGUGAGGAGGGCCUGUAUGUGGAGAUCCCACACGACUUGCUGCUGGAGGGCAGCAAGGAGAGUUUUAUCUCUCUUCUGGAGUUUGCUGAAGAACAUCUUAAAGUUGUCAGCGUGUUUGUCUGCUUUUACAAGAACAGAGAAGAUUGUGCUAAAUUAGUGCGCACAUUCAGCUUCCUGGGCUUUGAGAUUGUGAAACCAGGCCAGGCCCUUGUCCCACCUCGACCUGAUGUUUUCUUCAUGGCGUACAACUUUGACAGGGAUUCUUCUGAUGAAGAUUAGUUCCGACCUACACCCCCCCCCCCCCCACACCCCCACCCCUUCUUCUCGCUAUCUUUCCCCACUACUUCUCCCUCUGUGAUCCCAGUUCUGCCUUGCUCAUUUGUUACACUGAAGAAAGUAGUUUUAGAUGUGUUCUCUGUAGCGUGACCGAUUCUGUUCUCUUUGAUCCUGUCAUCUAUAUCUUUCCUGCUCCCUUUCGAUCUCUUGUGUGUUGAAUGGUUGUAUGCUUAUUAUUUAGACUCAUUGGUAUUACAGAACAAAAGAGGGAAGCUCUUGAAAGGGACUUAAUGAGCAUAUUGCAAUUCUUAAAAUAUCAACAAAAAAAAAUGUUUGUUUUUGUUUUGUCAUUUUAUUGUGAAAAUACUCUUGAAUGUACAAACAGGUCAUUCAGUUUACAUUUGGGUACAUCAGUGCUAUCAUUUGAUUGGCUUACAAGAGGAAACGACAUGUUUCCCUUUUCAUGUAAUGAUGCAUGCUAAGACCUAAGGAUGCAAAAUGGUUGUCUUAUCUUGACAACAGAAGUGUGUGGUACGUAUCUGCUGGAUGUUAGCCCUAAAGACAAUGGGAGUGAAGUGUAAAAGGUUCAUUGAUCAUGUAAUCUGGAAAACCUUAGAAACAGAUGAACAUACGAGAUGCUGAUGGGUGAAUUGGUACAAAGCUUGAUAGAACAUCCAAAGUGCUUUUGCCUCUUUAUUGUGUAUAUCAGAUAUUUCCUUUAGCAGUAUUUCCAUGCUGUUUUUACUGGUCUUAUUUCUUGACUUUUUCUGAUAGUUUUGGAGGAUGAUGUAUACCUGCAUAGUGGUACCUGAUGUGCUUCUGUAAUAAAAAAAAUAUUUAGGAAAUA